UUCAGUCAGUCAUCACGCAUCACGUGCCCUUGUGAAGGAGCUAUUUAACCCGGUCGGUCAGCUUUUUUUGUUGAGUUUUGUAUCGGAAAUCCUCAAGUUUAAACGGAUCACAUACCUAGUACCUACCUACAGUAUCGCAUAUCAACGAAAAUUAAAGCUGGUGGUGAAAUAAAACACCUAUUAAAAUACUAUUUACUCUUCACUUUUUGUGAAAGUUAACCAACUUUUUAAGAGAACAUAAAUAAAAUAAUUUAUAACCAUGUCGGAUGUUCUCAGGCCUCAAGUGAAAUGGAUAGAAGGCAGAUGUUACAGGGUAAAUGAUCCUGCCGUUGAAUCAUCUACUUUUCAUGAACAUGACUUGUAUGAAAAUGAUAUGGCUUAUAAUGACAUGAUUGAUGAAGGAGAUGAAGAUGAUUUUGAAGUAAUCCAAGUGGACAAUUCACGAUAUACCACUAAGUUUCAUGUAUCAAAACAUUACCUUGGAUCAAUUAUUGGUAAAAAAGGUGCAACUAGGAUGAGAAUCGAGAGAGACACCAAGACAGAUAUCAAGAUACCGAGACAAGGACACGAUGGUGAUGUAGUUAUACUUGGACCCACUGCACAGAGUGUCCAGGCAGCAAGAAGAAGAAUAAACAUGAUAGUGGUGUCAUCGAGGAUGAAACAAAGAUAUACACAUUUUAUAUCAAUUCCCAUGAACCAUACAGAUGUACAGAAGAGGUUUGAAGAAUUUAAGGAGAGAGUUUUACGAGAAUGCCCUAGUAGGGGUCUUGAUAGUUCUGUGUUUAUCGCGCCUACUAAGUUGCAUCUUACAAUUGGCGUCAUGUGCUUGAUGGACAACGAGGAAAGGUUAUUUGUAUCCAAGCUGCUUACUGAAGCCAAAGAAAAAGUCAUCAUGCCCAUAUUGCAAGGCCAUUUGCCAUUAAAGAUCAGAUUACAAGGAUUGUCAUAUAUGAACGAUGAUCCUUCACAGAUAGAUGUUCUGUAUGGACUUGUGCAGGAAGAGGGAGGCCCACAGGGUUUGGUACAACAAGUAGCAGAUAGCUUAGUACAAUAUUUCUAUAAAGCAGGAUUCAUGACGGACACUGAAUAUGGAAGAGAAAACGUGAAAUUGCAUGUUACGUUAAUCAAUUCCAAGUACAGGACGCGUUCAGAAAGUGCAAGUUUGGAAAGUUCGGAAUCGACAUCAAAAAAUACGAGACAACAGAGGGAAUCUUUUGACGGUAGAGAUGUGCUUCAAAAAUUUGCUGACUACGACUUCGGAACAGUCGAGUUGACGGCCAUUCACCUCUCUCAGCGACACACAAUGGGCCCUGAUGGAUAUUAUCAACCGACUUGUGUUGUCCCAUGUCAUUAGACACGGAUACGUUUCAUUUUUGUUUUUAUCAUAGUUUAUAUUUAUAGAUUAAUAAAUUAAUAGUUUUUUACAUUUCAAA